AUGGCGACGACUACGGACACGAACAACUACAAGUUCAAUCACACCAUGAUUCGAGUGAAGGACCCCAAAGCAUCCAUCAAGUUCUACGAAUUCCUAGGUAUGAGCGUAAUUAAACACCUACAAUUCCCCGACGCCAAAUUCGACCUGUACUUCCUAAGCUACGAUGGGCCGACUGCGCUCUCGCACGGCCACAGCACCUUCGACCGGCAGGGCGUGAUCGAGCUGACGCACAACUACGGCACCGAGCACGACCCGCACUACAAGGUCAACAACGGCAACGAGGAGCCCCACCGCGGCUUCGGGCACGUGUGCAUCUCCGUCGACCACAUCCAGGCUGCGUGCAAGAGGAUCGAGGACGCGGGGUAUCGGUUCCAGAAGAAGUUGACGGACGGGAGGAUGAAGAAUAUCGCGUUUGCGCUGGACCCGGAUGGCUAUUGGGUCGAGAUUAUUAGUCGUAGGAGGGGAUCCAAGGGCGCGGAGGAUCCGGAGGAGCAGGGGGUCGGGACGGACGUUGGUACUUAUCGCAUGAACCACACGAUGAUCCGGGUCAAGGACGCCGAGAAGUCCCUCAAGUUCUACCAGGACGUGCUAGGCAUGAAGCUGUUCCGCACGGUUGAACAGUCCGCUGCCAACUUCAACUUGUACUUCCUCGGGUACCCCGGCCCCGAGGGCGUUCCGGAGGACGGGUUCACGGCGGAUUAUGAGGGGUUGCUGGAGUUGACGUGGAAUUAUGGGACGGAGAAGGAUGAGAAGUUCAAGUACCAUGAUGGGAACUCGGAGCCUCAGGGCUUUGGACAUAUUUGCGUUUCGGUCGAUAGUCUGGGCGCGGCAUGCUCGAGGUUCGAGACCCUGAAUGUCAACUGGAAGAAGCGGCUUACGGAGGGGCGCAUGAAGAACGUUGCUUUCUUGCUUGAUCCGGAUGGAUACUGGGUCGAGAUCGUGCAGAAUGAGCGGUUCUCUGGACAGGAGAACUUUUAA